AUGGCCCGCACGAAACGCAAACGCGAGGACGACGACGGCAAGCGCUUUGCCGACCCGUACUUACUCACGACCCGGCCCUGUCGGUUCGCCGACCACCACCGGAGCAAGGCGCGGGGAAGCAAGAGCUCCAGCAUCGUGCGCAACUGUACAGACAACCCGAACUGUCUCUACGGACUGGGCGAGUACCAGACGGGCGUGUGGCAGACGCCAAAGCUGCUCCAGCGGGUUUUCGGCGACGACCCGCGGGUUCGACAGCGCAAGCGGGUCAACCAGACGCUGCAGCCUGUUGGAUUACGCAAUCUAGGGGCCACCUGCUACUUGAACAGCCUGUUGCAGUGUUUAUUCGCCAAUCCGUGGCUGCGAAAUGCCGUCUACGAGUGGGAGCCACGAGAGGAGCUACGGAACAAGGAACAGACGGUCCAGAUGACGGCGUUGCAGAAACUCUUUGCUCAGAUGCAAUUGGGCAAUGAAAACUGCUACGACCCUGCCGAGUUUGCGUCCACGUUGUUACUGAACAAUGUCAUGCAGCAAGACGCACAGGAAUUCAGCAAGUUAUUAUUGACGCACUUGCGCACGAUCUUUCGACAGUCGCGGCUGCCGAGGCAGUGGGACUUGGUAGAUCGGAUUUUUCAGGGGCAGAUGAAUUAUGUGACCAAGUGCUUGAAGUGCAAGAACAAAUCCAUGCGACCGUCUUCUUAUUACGAGAUCUCGCUGAAUAUUAAGGGACAUCGGAGUGUCGAAGACUGCAUUCAAUCUUAUUUGGCAGCCGAGGUGCUGGAAGGAGAGAACAAGUAUUUUUGCGAACAAUGCGCUACGAAGCAGUCUGCUGAGCGCUUUAUGGAGCUGAAUCCGCGAGCGUUGCCGCCGACUUUAAUGGUCCAGCUUAUGCGAUUUGUCUACGAUGCGAAUGCUGGACGUAAGAAGAAAUUAACGGAUGUUAUUGAGGUUGAUGAGACACUGAACCUUACCGAGUUGCUGCGUCGCAGUGGUCAAGCAGACGCGUUUGAUGAUUCUGUCGAUGUUGUCUACCGUUUACAAGGUUAUUUGAAUCACCGUGGAAAAAGUGCGCAUGCUGGACACUACACUGCUUCCGUAGCCUACCCAGCACCACGGGUGCCUAGCGACAACAGUGACUCGGUAGCGGGGUGGUUUGAAUUUGAUGAUGGGGUGGUAAGCGAUAUGACCAGAUCAGAUGUGGCAAAAGAGCAUAGUCAUGGUGCGAAAAUUUGCUCGCGAGAUAUAUACAUGCUUCUUUAUGUUCAAGAUGAUUCAGCAAGCACCAGUUGUGACCGCCUUGGCGAUGCGAAUGAGAUUCUGUUGCCUUCCGAAAGUUGUCAAAAGGAAGUGGAGGUACUCAAUGCUGCUUUUACUGCUGAAGUAAAUGCGUACGUUCGCAAAGUGAGUGGAAUGGAAGCUCGUAUUCAGGAGCGACUUGCUGCGUACAAACGCUUUUUUGAAGAAAGUUACCCUUACCCAGACACGUCCGAAUCUCAUUUUUACUGGGUGGAUUCUGAAUGGUUGCGUCGCUGGGUGACGGGAGAGAAAUAUGAUGGGUCCGAUAGCUCGUUGUCACUCUUGUCUUGCGACACGUCUGAUGUCAAAGCAUCGUCGAUUCAACAAGUAUCAAAACCGAGCACAUCUGACGAACGAGGGGGCGAGGACAGCGAUGAAAGCGACUGCGUUAUAGUUGAUCCUUCUUACGCAGAUGCUGCGACAUCGGACGAGAAGAGCGACGGUAGUGUGUGCACAUUGAAUGGUUCGUACGCUAGUGAAGUCAGUCGUGCACGCUACGGCGAUGGUGACGCACACACUAACGCCCAGAUGCCUCCGGCGUAUUCAUGUCGUCUGAUUUCCAAUGGUGCAGCUGUCAUGACAAAAAUAGCUGGGGCUAGCGAGUCGCAUGACGACGACAUUCCCUUCAUGGAGCCAGUUGACGUAGGACCUCUUUCCUGUGUGCACUCCCAUGAUCUCGACCUCGGCGUGAGGUGUCUCGAGGAGGAGCCUACCCGCCCUGUUCUUCGGUUUGCACCUGAUAAUGCACCUAGGUUGAAGCGCAUAUCGGCCAAGUUUUUUUCUUACAUAGAGGAAAACUGUGGCGCUAAGCCAUUUCCAGCACUUGAGGGCCACGCGCAAAGGCGAGUGUUUGAAGCCCCUACAUAUCGGUGCAUUGUUUGUGAAAAUGAUUUUAACAGCAAACUUGUGAAAGAUUUCGACCGCUUGCGUGAAGUUGGCGAAGAGCUUGUGCUACUGAAGGCAAUCCCUGUAGAUGCGACGGCUGCAGUCGCUGCUGGAAAUUACUAUCUGAUGAGCCGAGCGUGGUUGAAAAGCUACAAAAGUCAUCUUCAGAUGUUGCAUAAAGAGCUCACUCGCGCUUUUUCGCAAAGCAAGAAAGGGAAAAUGCUAACAUAUUCGAAGAUGGAUGAUUUUUGUACGACGGGGAGAGAUGAGGACGUCAAUAGCAGUCAUAGAAUGAGUGGCGAGUGCGGCAAAAUGGAAAUGUGGCAAACACCCAUCAACAAAGAUAUCACGUGCUCGCAUGGCAAACUAACGUUGGAAAAGCGAUUAUAUCGGCCGGUAGCGGCGGAGACAUGGGCAUACUUUAGCACUAAGUAUCCAUAUCAUGCUGCAUACGCUGCGAGAGCAACCGACUCGUGCCUGCAAUGCCAGAUGGACGAUGUGAUCAAUAAGAAGUGCAUUGAAGUGGAGCGUGGUGUGCGUGACGAGGUAAUAUCAAUUGCUGCUUUGGAGUCUUUGUUUCGCCGCAAGCCCGAAAGAGGAUCUGUUCGACUAAGCGAUAUGUUAGAUGUGACUGGUGCUCAAGGAAGCAGUGGAUUCAAGAAGGUGUCGCCAUGGAUGCCACAAUAUCCAAAGAGGCUACCUGGGCGGAUGUUUUUGGUGUCUCGUAGCUGGAUAACGCAGUGGAGAAACUAUAUUCGCAACGUGAGUGAAAAUUUGCCGCUUAAGCUCUCAUCGUUUUGUUUGUUGUGCAUGCACCAAAAGUUGGUACUUUCCCCCGGCUUGUUGGCAGCACAAGGGGGACAACUCGUUGAUGCAAGCUCGUUAGAAGUAGAAUUCGCGACAACGGAAGAAAUGCGAGCGCUAGCUGAGCGUUAUGGCAACCCCGAGAUGCCAUUAUAUUACGGAUUGCUUGUUGCUACUAUCAUUCCAGAGUCUGGCGAAGAAGAAACACGUGUCGUCUGGCAAAAGUGCUCACUAGCCUCUUUACAGCUUGAAAACGAGCAACAUUUGAGCAGCGUUGGCCGUCUUGAGGGCACAGUGCCCCUGCAUUGUCAUGAUGCAAUGAACGAUACUAUUAUUUGCGUGGAAUGUCAGGCAAACUCGGACCAAAGACACCGCAACGAGCUUGAAAAUUUCACAAACCGCGUUGUCGACAUCCAGCAGCUGCACGAUGAUCAAGCUGUACCAACAAGUGAGAAUCUGACAAUCGGUGUGAAUGCGUCUGGUCGACGACGUUCCAGACGUGUUUGUCAAGGUUCGGCGUGUGCGUGGCCGAUAGUAGCCAACUCUACUGAUACCGUGUACAUACUCAAAGCAAAAAUUUACGCUGAGAUUGAUGCGCUUCCUACGCGUCAACGUCUGUACUACAAGGGUGAACCCCUGGAAAAUUUUCGUACGCUUAAAGAAUUGGGGAUUAAAGCCGGAGACGCUGUGUUUAUGCGGUUGUCCGACGACAGUGCUGAUGAUCUCGUAAUGGAAGAGAGUCUAGAACGUGAGGUCGGUUUUGUGAAUUCGGUCUUUUAUUCGAACCCUUCGGCCAGCAGUCGAGUGGCGACCCCACCUGCAACAUGUGAAAAUCGAGCUUUGGCUAUUACGGGAAGUCAUAGAACUCGUGUGUGGGUGUGUCCCGCCUGCACGUAUGUCAACGAUGACAUCGACAUAGUUUGCGAGAUGUGCUGUACGACAAAAGAUGGAAAUUCGGGUCGUCAUGGAGAAUGA